AUUUUACCUUCUGGCUGAAUUACCACGGCGUUAAAAAUGGCUGAGGAAAGCAGCAGCAACAUAUACGAAUUUGACAAAGUCGACAAAGAAUCAAUAGAAAUAAAGCAUGGCGAGAAAAUACAACACGAGCUUCUAAACUGUGCAUUUGGUUUCAUUGAAAAAAGGUCCAGAGCAAACAUCAAGGGAAGUUUUGAACUAAUAAUAAGAGAAGACAGUAGUGAAGAAAUUCGCUUAAUAGCUGGAGGAAAACAGCAUAAAUUCCUCGCAACAUAUGACAGCAACGGAAAACCAAAGAUAAGACGUUUUGUUGGCGCAGCAGAAUUAAAGCCAGACGGAAAACCAUUUAAAACAUGGCCUUUUCAUGGGAAACACACAGAUACACCAUUUAAAAUUAUGACAGAGAUGAUGGCAAAAGAAGAAAAGCAGGCUGCCAUCGGGUUAUUGUGUAUGCGUAUUGCAAAAUUUCUAGAAAGGAGUGAAAAGGAUAUAACAUGCAAUACAGAAAUCGCUUUUUAUGACGAUGCUGGCAAGUUAUACACAAUUUCUGCAGGAAAGAGAGAGAACAAUAUUCUUGCUUCAUUUGACAGCAAAGGAAAUCCUAUCAUUGUUCAGUUUAAAGGCGAAGAAUAUUCAUUUUCACCGUCGUGUAACGAUUUCGUUUACGAGUGCGACAAAAUCGAUAAAGUAGCAGUCGGACAUAUGAUUAUCAAAGUUUGUGGAAAUGAAGCCAUGACAGAUGACGAAAAUACGGCAAAAACUAGGAAAUUAUUGCAUGGCCUUAUUACCUAUCUAGGAAAAGAAGAAAAAAAAGAUUGGAAAAAUGCUGAAAUAACCAUUUGUGACAGAAACUACGAUUAUUGGAAGCUGAGAUGCAAAAACGUACAUAUUAAGUUUGUUGCAAAUUUAGAUGGUGAAGGCGAAUGUAGAAUAGAACAAGGUAUAUUCCGUGUCCAGUCAUCAAUCAAG